AUGUACUUCUUCUUGUGUAAUUUAGCUUUUAUUGAUCUCUGCUUUGUUAACACCACAGUUCCAAACUUAUUGAAGGAUAUUACAAGAGAAAGGAAGAAAAUAUCUGUGGCUGGUUGCCUUGCUCAGAGUUACUUAUAUUUUUUAGUGGGAACCACUCAGUUUUUCUUGCUUGAUGUAAUGUGUUAUGACAGAUACUUAGCCAUAUGCCAUCCAUUGUAUUAUUCAGCUAUAAUGCGUAAGAAAAUGUGUGUUCAGCUUGUUUUAGGUGCAUGGCUGAGUUCCUUUUUCUGUAUCCUAUUUCCUACAUUAAUGACCAUGAGACUAUCAUUCUGCUUCAGUAAAAUAAACCAUUUUUUUUGUGAUAUUGGUCCACUUCUGCGCAACUCGUGUUCUGACUCUUCCUUUGUUCAGUUACUUGUAUUUUUAAGUUCAGGUUCACUUCUUUUUUCUCUUAUGGUAGCUGUUAUCUCAUAUACUCAUAUCGUGUUGGCAAUUUCUAAGAUCAGAUCAGCAGAAGGCAGAAGUAGAGUGUUCUCUACUUGUUCUUCACAUGCCAUAGUCGUCUCAUUUUUCUUUGGCAGCUGCAUCUUUAUGUAUAUAAAACCAGUUAGGUAUCAAGCUGUCGAUGAAUAUGACAAACUAGUAGCUGUUCUCAAUACUAUUAUCGUUCCAUUGAUUAAUCCAUAUAUUUAUACAUUGAGGAACAAAAUAGUAAAUGAUAUACUGAGAGGAAGAAGAGGUAAAUGUAUUACUAUAUCAAAAUGUAUAUUUCAUUUUAGAAAUACCAAAAAGCAUAUUUUUCAAACAUAUUAUUUGGAGAAAUGUCUAAAUGAAAUGAGUUAUGUAAGAACCAUAUUACACUGA